AAAAACAAAAUGGGGAUUUUUUUUUUUUUUUAAUUGCUUGUAAUACGUAUUGUAUAAAAAAACUCAUUUCAGAGUGCACUGCAAUUUAAAAGGAAUGCCAGUCUGCAGGAAGCCUAACAACUCAAUCAAACAAGCAGGGAGACCUAUAAAACAUGCCGGACACCGUUACCGUUACCAUUCGUCGAGGACUGCAAUUGCCCACCCCUGGUACGUGCAGUGAAGAAGCUGUUGUCUGACGAACGCGGGUGCCCAGUCGAUCUCGGACCUCAAGUCCCUGAUUCUCUUACAACACGAAAAAUAAUCUGUUGCUCAAACGUUCUUUGAUUCUGCAGUUUGUAGUAACAAUGCAUCAACACUGGCCAAAGUCAAUAAUGGUGGCGUCCCUUCUUUUGGUGCUGUAUAUCUGUCAGAGUGCCUCAGCCUCCACCAGCACCUGGGCACCACCAGAGGUCUGGCAAAACAAUGGGGCUCUGUAUGCCACCUGUAAAGUGAGACCAAGCUCCACGUUAGCUGAGGGUUUGCCCAAAGUCUAUGGCCAAGUGCUCUUCAAGCAAGAUUAUCCUCAUGGGAAGCUCCGAGUGAUUCUCCGCUUCAAUGGAUUCCCCACAGGGAGUGGGCCAGAGCCCAGGGCGGUGCACAUUCAUCAGUAUGGAGACCUGCAGCAGGGGUGCGAUUCCACUGGAGGCCACUACAACCCUGAAGGUGUCAAUCACCCCAACCACCCAGGAGAUUUUGGAAACUUUGUGCCUCAACAAGGCAAAAUCAACGCAGCAUUUGAAUCUGAGGCCAUGCUAUUUGGUCAUCUGUCUGUGCUUGGAAGAGCAGUCGUGAUUCACGAGCACCAGGAUGACCUGGGCCUUGGGGGGAAUGCUGGCAGUCUGCUUCAUGGAAAUUCAGGACGCAGGCUCGGUUGCUGUGUUAUUGGGAUUUCCACCCCCAAUCCCUGGAAUACAUACUCCAGGUCGAUGACUAGGCGCCUGCAGAAAAUUUAAUACCACACUUGCCAUACAUAUAUUCUACAUGCGCUUGCAGAUCUUAAAUAUAUCAAGCCUAAAUCAUUGCCUACGCUCAAUAUGCCUGAUAGACACAGAUAUUUUUUUUUUUUUUUUGCUGUGCAAACAUAUGAAAAGUAGUUUAUUUUGAAGAAAUUAUUUACUAAUACAUUUUUGUUCUUUCAUUACACAAUGACCAGUGCUUAUAAUCGGAAUAUGUAACCGUGCCUCUCCUGAGGCAGUUGUCGUAACUGUUCAUCCACAGUGCCGUUGGUGUCCCUUACACACAGCCUUUAAAUGGUGUGUUCGCAAUUUGUUUCACUCUGUAGCUUGUGUACCUUGUGAAUAAAUAAACAGCUGCUGCAACUA